GUGAACAAACGGCUUUGCUUCCCAUUGGUAACCUCGGCUUCCUUGCAGAGAGAGGAGCACCUGUGUCCGCUCACAAGGGUAAAGAGCAAGACAAGCAUAAAGAUGAAGCUGGUUGUCGAAUUUAUGGAUGCGCAUGAUCCCACGGCGAGGGAAGGACAUCCCUAUCCCUCCAGCACAUAAAUAGAAGGUCGUUUUCAUGAACAGGAAACCAAAACUCUGCCUUGACUGAGGCUUCAAACCAGUUCAGUGUGAGAAGUUUAUGAUUCAGGCGAACUAUAUGCUUCCCCUCUUAACCAGACCAUCCAUAUUUCUAGAUACAACCAAUGAAGAAAGACCUGCUGGAGCUUUCUUGGCAAACUGAAUCAAUCAGAGGAGUUCCAUAGAGAUUUCAAUCGGUGGGUGUUUGGCUUCUUUCCCAUAUAAAGGAUAGACUAACCCUUCAAGUGAAUCCGAAACUUCAUCUCUGCCAUUGCUGCCUCCUUAAACGCCACCAGCAAUUUCCUGCCUUGUGUUGCAGUAGUAAAGAAAAAUCAAGUAGCCUUUGGAAGUGAACAUUUUGAUACCAUCGACAGACAAUCACCAAGAAAAGCAGCAGCUCAAUAAACCUCUGCAAGAAAAGCAGCCUGAUAAUCAUGCAGCAGAUGCAGCACGAUCAGGACUACAAAUUGAAGGACACUACUCCACAACUUGGGGAGAGAUGGACAGUUGGAGGAGGAAGCAUUCUGGGAAAUGGAGAAAAAUACACUAGUACCUAUGACCUCGUGGAGCAGAUUCACUACCUUUACAUUCGAGUGGUGAAGGCUAAAGAGCUUCCAACGAAUGUAAUCACAGGAAGCUGUGACCCUUACGUGGAGGUAAAGCUUGGAAAUUACAAGGGAAGAACGAGGCACUUUGAAAAGAAGCCUAAUCCUGAAUGGAACCAAGUAUUUGCCUUCUCAAAAGAGAGGAUACAGUCAUCACUGCUGGAGGUUUUUGUUAAGGAUAAGGAGAUGAUAGGAAGGGAUGACUAUCUUGGGAAAGUAGUCUUUGAUCUCAAUGAGGUGCCCACCAGAGUGCCUCCUGAUAGUCCAUUGGCACCGCAAUGGUACAGGCUAGAAGACCGGCGAGGUGAAGGCAAAGUCAGGGGAGAGAUCAUGCUUGCUGUGUGGAUGGGAACCCAGGCAGACGAAGCUUUCCCUGAAGCAUGGCACAGCGAUGCCGCUGCUGUUCACGGUGAAGGAGUCUUCAACGUCAGAUCGAAGGUGUAUGUCUCCCCUAAACUAUGGUACCUUAGAGUUAAUGUGAUCGAAGCACAGGACUUGCAGCCAAAUGAGAAGGGCAGGUCCCCAGAGGCAUUUGUUAAAGUCCAACUGGGCAAUCAGGUGCUCAAGACCAAAAUAUGUUCCACUCGAGUCUCAACUCCAUUUUGGAACGAAGAUCUCGUCUUUGUUGCAGCAGAGCCUUUUGAGGAACAGCUUUUGCUAACUGUGGAGGACAGAGUAACCCCUACGAGGGAUGAUGUGCUGGGAAAGAUUGUGCUGCCGUUGACAUUGUUCGAGAAAAGGAUGGAUCACAGGCCAGUUCACUCGCGCUGGUUUAACUUGGAAAAGUUCGGCUUUGGAGUUUUGGAGGCUGACAAGAGAAAAGAGCUCAAAUUCUCAAGCAGAGUUCACCUAAGAGUCUGCUUGGAAGGUGCUUAUCAUGUUCUCGAUGAGUCCACUAUGUACAUUAGCGACCAACGACCAACUGCAAGGCAAUUGUGGAAGCAACCUGUAGGAAUUUUAGAAGUUGGCAUAUUAAGUGCAAAGGGACUUCUGCCCAUGAAAUCUAGAGAAGGCAAAGGCACCACAGAUUCUUAUUGUGUUGCAAAGUAUGGGCAGAAGUGGGUUAGAACAAGAACCAUCUUAGACAGCUUCAGUCCUAAAUGGAAUGAGCAGUACACCUGGGAAGUCUAUGACCCAUGUACUGUCAUCACUUUAGGAGUGUUUGAUAAUUGUCAUCUUGGUAGUACAGAGAAGGCACCAUCUGUUGGUGCCGUAGCAAGAGAUUCAAGGAUAGGGAAGGUAAGAAUCCGGCUCUCAACAUUAGAAGCUGACAGGAUCUACACUCACUCAUAUCCCCUGCUUGUUCUUCACCCUUCUGGGGUGAAGAAAAUGGGUGAGCUUCAGCUGGCUGUCAGGUUCACAUGUCUAUCUAUAGCACAUAUGAUCUACAUCUAUGGUCACCCUCUGCUCCCCAAGAUGCAUUACCUGCAUCCUUUUACUGUGAGUCAACUUGACAUGCUAAGACAUCAAGCCAUGAACAUCGUUGCAGCAAGGCUGGGAAGGGCUGAACCUCCUCUUAGGAAGGAGGUGGUGGAGUACAUGUUGGAUGUGGACUCUCACAUGUGGAGUAUGAGGAGGAGCAAAGCAAAUUUCUUCAGAAUCGUAUCCUUGUUCUCUGGGUUUAUUUCCAUUGUCAAGUGGUUUACUGAUAUUUGCCAUUGGAGGAACCCCAUUACCACGGUGCUGGUUCAUGUGCUAUUCUUGAUCCUUGUGUGGUACCCUGAACUGAUCCUCCCAACAGUAUUUCUGUACAUGUUCAUGAUCGGGUUGUGGAACUAUAGAUUCAGACCUAGGCAUCCACCUCAUAUGGACACACGCCUCUCUUGGGCAGAGGCAGUCAGUGCUGAUGAGUUAGAUGAGGAAUUCGACACCUUCCCGACGUCGAAGCCUCAGGACAUAGUCCGCAUACGUUAUGACAGACUCAGAAGCAUUGCAGGGAGGAUACAGACAGUGGUGGGGGACAUUGCAACACAGGGAGAGAGGUUUCAAUCUCUUCUGAGUUGGAGAGACCCAAGAGCUACAAGCCUGUUCAUAUUGUUCUGCUUGAUUGCAGCUGUAGUUCUGUAUGUGACACCCUUCAGAGUAGUGGCCCUGGUUGGAGGACUCUACACCUUGAGGCACCCAAGGUUUAGGAGCAAGUUGCCGUCAGUUCCAAGCAAUUUCUUCAAGAGAUUGCCAGCCAAAAUAGACAGCAUGCUCUGAGAGUAUCCAAAGCUGCCAGCUCCAAGGAUUUCAAAGAGAGAUUGGGGAGCCAAUACGGGUGUUGCUCCAAUAAAUGUGGUAUGGUGUUCUUGACUUUGCUAGUUUUUUCUGUAUUACAGUAUCGAUCAUCAUUCUUCUCUUUUUGGUUUUCUCUUUGCUGUUUUCCUUGGAUUAUGCUAAUCAAAGUGUUGUAUUUUAUACAAUAAAGACAGAUGUAUCGUGCCUGAAGCCUGGGCAUCAGGUGUUCUUGGGUAGUUUUAGUGUAAACAUGUCAUUUGUAUUUCUGCCAGUUAUUGACUCAAUAAAGGAUUUAUCAUGGCUUGGCAUU